UUUAAUAUCAUAGCUCUGAGGGGGGUUCGUUUGCGUUUUGAGUUUUUAACUGUUUUGUCAAGGUUACCUCGUUGUCAUGACAAGUGUCUAGAUAGUGACUAAUUAUCAUGGAUGUCAUUGGUAGCACUUACAAAGGACAGACGAAAAAUGGCAGGAUGGAGGGAAAAGGAGAGUACACAUUUCCCACAGGAACCAAGUAUGUGGGAGAGAUGAAAGAGGGGAUGUUCCAUGGAAGUGGAGUGCUGUACUUUCCAAAUGGAAGCAAAUAUGAAGCCACUUGGGAGAAUGGCAGAGCCCAUCAGGGGCUGCUCACCUUUGCGGAUGGUCUGCAGUACCAGGAGUACGACUGGGAUUACUGUGACGGUUACGACAGGCGCUUCUACAGCGAGAGGUGCAAUGGGCUCAGACCUGCAGGAGAGUCUCAGCUAACAGAUCUGCACCCUCCUUGUGUCAUUCCUGAUGGGUGCUAUGAUUGUGGGGAAGGUUUCUACGACCCCAGUACCAGAGUCGUCACUGCCUACACCGGCGCAUUCCUCAGGCUUGCAGAUAACUCGGAGCAUACAUGGAUUGUGCAGACUUGUCGAAAAGCUCAAGAUGUGGAUGUUAAACCUGCUUCAACACCUACAGAUAACAAUACAGACGUUUAAUAGUUUUGGGUUUUUUUUCUAAUAUGGUAAAACUAGAAACCUUUUGUGCUGUUAGAU